AUGAGUCCCACGAGGAAGGAGAAGGAAGCCUGGAUGGCCGAAACGAUUCUGAAAGCAAUUAACAACAUUUGGAGACUAUUAAAUAUAUAUGCCUGGGAAAAUCAAGUGUCGCCAGCAAAUUUUGAGUGGCGAGCGAUUAAGUCAAAAGCGUCAUCUGUUGGGAAAAAACAUACAUAGAUGAAGGAUAACCAUACUGCUUGCAGUGACGUCACUGAAUUCUUAAUUACUUCUGACUAGCUUGUUCGAUUUGGAAAAUGUUUGGCAUGUCGAUGGAUAUAGACCCCAUAAAUAUAAGCUGCUUAAUAACUGGCCUCUACAACAUCUUUACAGAGCUUCUCUAUACUCAAUGAAUAAGAAACCUUUUCUCCAAAUUUCAUAUUGCUUAUCCUCUAAAAGUUGUAAUCUAGCACGUAUUAUUAAUUUUAUUGCCAUUUAUUAAAGCAAAUGAGAUCGAUCAUCAUCUGCGGCAUGAUGCCAUGUCGUAUAUUCCAUAUUUGGCGAAAUAAUUCAAAAUUUUUGGUAACCAACUGGAAGACGUCAUCCCAUCCGCAAAUAUAAGAAAAAAAAAAACAAAAAACAAUAACUGAAGUCCGAACCGAAAACCAUCCAGCCCCCCAUCUACAUCCUCAUCCCUAGUUCAAGCCACCGGAAAUGGAGCCGUGUGAUCGCGGACCGGAGAGGGUCAUGCGGCAGUACCUGUCCCAGCUGCUGGAGACCGGCACCACCCGCUCCACGGGCUGCCUGGACCGCUUCCUCGUGAGGGGCAUGACCAACUUCCCACCGCCACAGCCACAGCCGUCGUCCAUCGAAGGCAAGGCAUCGCGCUGCUCCCUCUUCGAGCGGCUCCUGUGCGGCGGAAGUCGAAAGUCGGAACGUCUGCUGGUGCCCGAUCUGGCCACCGAGUGGUUCCGCAAGCAGAAGGUCUUCCUGGACAGGCUCACGCCGAAGGAGCUGGCCGCCCUGAGCGCUGGACUGGCGGCGGAUAAGGGCAGCGACUCUCUCGCUCGCCAGCAGGCAAGUUCAGGCCUUGCAGGCCAAACGAAAGAUUCAGAUGGGGGGCCAGUGAGCAAGGUGGCCACAUGUCUGCCCGCCACGGAGUCCAGAAGUCAGGGUAAUCCCUUUCUGAUCGGCAAAAGCGCAAAGGAGGAAUGUAUCCCAAUGCGUAGCGAGAGUCCACGGCGCUGCAAGAAGCUGCACGGGCGAGGCAGCUGCUCCUGCCUGCGGAGUCGAGGAGCAGGUGCCACGACUGACGACUGGCCCUUCCAGGCCGAUGGACAACCCAUGGCCGGCGAGUGUUUGGCGGCACGCCGGACGGAGCCGCUGCUGCCGCGCCUGCGCCGCAAGUUCGACUUGCGACAGGCGCCGCAACGGCGUCUCGAUCCGGCCCUCUUCCGCCGCAUCUCGCCGGAGUUCUUCCGCAUCCUGGCCAGCUACGAGGCGGCCAUGAGCGAGGUCUGUCCGCUCUACGGCAUCUCCAUGCAGCACUGGGGCGAGACGACGGCCUGUUGUCCGUGCGAGGAGCACUCGCACUUGAAGUCGCGCUUCCUGGGCGACGAUGCGGUGGCGGCCGCUGCCAUUGUGCCACCCACAUGGCCGCCAGUUGAGUCCCGAGGAGUGCCAGAGAAGGAGCCACCCGCUAAGAGGCAAACGGAGAAGAGAACUGCAAGAUUCGUCAAGGACCAACCGGAUAGGGAAAAGAAGACCUACAGCAAAGACACCGGCGCCAAUGAAUUCAGUCACCUGGAUAAGGAAAACGAGAAUAAGUCCAGGGAUGAGCCGAUUUCUUCCGAGGAUGAGCGGCAGAAACAAAGGCGUACGAGGCAUGACUACAAGCACCCACAAUUUCUGGUUCACUCCGACGACGAGCGGCAGGAUCCCAAUGUCCAAUCCCAAUCGUCCAAUCCCGCCGAGAGUCGUCGGUCGGUGGAUCAGCAGCGGCGAAGCCUUGACCACCAGGUCAGCAGGCAGUCGGACGACCAAUCGAGCAAUCUCCCCGAGAAACGGAGGAAGUUCGGCAGUUGCUUCCGCCGGCCAAGACAGCCAUAUGGGACGGCCUCUGUUUCCUCGAAUAUCGCUCCGCCACCUGCUCACUCACUAGUUGAUUCGCCUGCAUUUAAACCGGUUCAGCCACCUCAUUCAACUGCUCAUUCAACUGCUUAUCCAACUGCUCAUUCAACUGCUUAUCCAGCUGAUCAUUCAACUGCUCAUUCAACUGAUCAUUCAACUGCUUCUCCGCAAAAUGUAAUGACCGAAAGCGAGCACCAGCCACCAAGCAAGGGCAUUCUCGGCGGAUUCACCGGCAUGUGCAAGCGAUGCAUGGAGCCGGGUCGCCACCUGUUCUACAAUUUGAACGCCAACUACCACCAGAACCGGGAGAGAUAUGGCCAGAUGCGUCAGAACAGAAAGCGGCAAAAGGAACGGGAACGGGAGCGGCAACGAUUGACCGAGGAGCAGGUGGACAGGGACAGCAGCACCACGCUGAGACCCUCCGACCCACCCGAAGUCGGAACCCAGACGGAAAUAGUGGACAGCGAACAGACCCUGGCCUUUCGCACGCCCGCAAGCGAACGAACUUUGGCGGAAUCGAACCAGGGAGCAAUGCUACCGUCGGCGGAGACAUCUGUGAUGGCGACACAAUGCCAGGCGGACUGCCAGUGUGGACUGCCCCAGGAGGCCUUCCAACUGCCGCCCGUCUGCAGGUGCACUUGCCCGACGGAACAGCGGGAACAUCGGCGAAGCACCAGAGUUCCCAGAAAGUCCCCCACCGAGACGGACUACUCCAAGUGUGGCCAACGGGUUCGGGCCUGCUAUUUGGCCAAUGAUUUCCACCAGUUGAUGCGGCGCGUGGCCAAGAAGAGACCAAGACCUAUCACUCAAGUUCCGGGAAGACCCAAAACCAAAGAGCAAGCUGCCAGGUCAGAGGAACCAGCCCCACUGCCAAAUCCUGCAGCCCAAGUAAAAGUACCAACCAAGUCCAAAAGGAAACCAAAACCAAUGGUCAUUGCAUCACAGCAGCCGGAACAAAGUUCAACCAAGCACUUGAACGUCACCUAUGCGGCCACCGGAAUUCCCAAGAUGCAGAAGGUCAGGAAAAAGAGAGUGCAGUCCUCAAGGGAAGCCUCAUCGCGAAGUGACAUUCCCUCGGUGGGAUGCCAACCCCAAGAGAUGCCAAGCGGCAAACAAAAGGAAGGCCAAAGCUGCACCUAUUCCCCUAAGCCCAGUAAUAGGAAGCCAUACACUUUACAAGGAGGAUCGCCAAGAGCCCCAUCCCCAAGGAACAAGCAAGAAGCAAAGGUUAGUGGCCCCCGGGAACGUCGUCCGAGGAAUUGGCGGCCAGAUCCCAGGCCAUCCAAUUGGAGUGCAAGCAAAAGGCGGAGUCAGAGGAGGGCACCUUCGCGCUGCUCCUCCGCCAGUUCCUCUGGACGAUCGCAUCCAGAGGCGUUCAGUGCAGUGAGUGACUACUGCCAGUCGAAGGCGAGCUGCAUUUCGGGAGCUCCAGCUGCAACCAAUUGGUCGCCAUCGAAGAGUCGAGAGAAUGCUUCAAAAAUGCAGGAGCGCCGGCAGAGCCCCCAAUCCAAAUCCUCCUAUGCUCCAUCCUCCGAUGCCUACUCCAGUCAAUAUUCAAGACGGUGGCAACAAGAGGAUCAGUACCAAUGCUCGAACUGGAAGUCGGACAACGCAAAGCCACCGAACCAAUGGCAAGCUCCCCUGUUUCCGGGUAGAUUCAGUUGGGUAGAUCCCACCAGAGCACCCUCGCAUUUGGAGACGGGUCGUCGCUACUACACGGACACACAGGAGCCGAGACGGCAGUGCAGCUGUCGCUCCCUGCGCUCGAAGAGCUCCAUCCGGGCACUCAGUUCCAACACGGACAGUGUGCGGUGUCCCUGUGCUCCAGCUCCAUCGGUGGCCAGUGUGGACCCACCCCUGGAGCUGCUGAAUGCAGCGGAGGAGGAGGAGAAGGAGGAGGAGCAGUGCUAUUGUUACGACUAUCAUCCUCAAACUUCAGACCAACAACCCAUGGAGAACACAUAUCUCCAGCCCUUCACCAACCAAUCCCCACAAACUUGUAACUGCAGCCGGACCAAACCAGCUUUAUUCAGUAACGCUCUGAGGUGGGAGCCACAACAGCACCACCAUGCCCGCACCCUACUGCGCACCCAACGACCUCCGCCCCAGAAACACCCACAGUACUACUCAAGAUACCAUCAGUAUCCAGCUGAGAACUUGGCAGUGCCACAACAACAGAGCAGGGAGUGGGUUCCAGAGUACCAAGCCCACAAUCACUGUGCAUGCGAUACUAACCAAAGAUGGGAGGAGCUGGUGGAAAACACGCCACACUACACGGAGCAGCACUACCCAAUGCAGGGGAUUCAGAACGAUGAUGACCUAAGGCAUUACCCCUAUCCCAGGCAAGCCAAUAGCUUCGCCAGGCAGGGAAGGGAUCGAGCUGGAGCCAUUACUGCCGCAGCUCAGGGACUUCGUGGUCUGGUGAAUGCUUUGGGGGGAAGUCGGCAUAGACCGCGACACAAUCACAAUCCUAGAGAAAGCCAUCAACAACAAGAUUAUUACCACGAAACGACAAUCGAUCCCAGCGUGGUGCCCAGCCAGCAAAGUGUUCGAUAUGAUGAAGAACAAGUGGAACAGGAUCGCAAUCAACCAGAUUACAACUGCAAUCUGCCAAUGGAGGCAGCAUCUCAGAUGCCUCCAUGCAGUUCGACCUCGCUGCCCAGAAACAACUACUCCAAUUUCAACCUCUACUCAAGGAGGUCCAACAAAGGAGGUGAAAGUAACUACUACUUGCCCGCGGAUGGAAUGCCCAACAGCUAUAAUGACCGACGAAACAUGGAUGGGGAACAAUCAUUUAGAGCAAGGGAAGCUGAAAGAUCGUCUCAGUUCCGUUUCUUUGGCUCUGAAAUGGAUUCCCACAGGAGAACGACUUGCAUUCCCAAAAGAGGACGGCAAACUGGAGGAGCUUCACCUCUUGUCGAUGAGCCUCCUAAAACGACCACGCCACUGGCCAUUUUUCUGGACAGUUUGAGAGCGAAACGUGCUGCCUCUGAAAUUGUGACUAAAACGGCACAACAACCGGAGUCCAGAAGAGUCACCACCCUGGGAAAAACUCUGGCCAAAACUACACCAGUACACUGGAGCCACGGCACCUCGUCCGCCAGUGAUGAUGACGCGGAUGCGGAUGACUGCCUGGACUUGAGGCACAGGCGGAUGCGCUGUCCCGCGCAGGAGACCAUGGUCUUUCCAUCCACCUACACGGGACUCCUGGAGGAGCAAAUCCUCGACGAGUAUCUGCCCAGGCCGCGAUACAAGCGCAGGACAUAGGUAGAAACCCAAUUUCUCUAUGCUUCACAAUUACUUGAGGUCAAAUUGUAAGCAAAGGCAAUAGAAUAUAAAUAAAUGUGGAAUAAAGUUUAAAGUUAAGUAUUA